UACAGGCACAUCACCACCUGAAUACAUUAUCCCUGAGGAAUCCUUGCUAGUCAACAAGCAACAGUGAUACUACAAUACAACCACCAUGGACCCUAAAGUUACCGAAGGCGGGCUGAAUGUUACCCUUACCAUCCGACUGCUGAUGCAUGGGAAGGAAGUUGGAAGCAUCAUUGGAAAGAAAGGUGAAACUGUGAAGAAAAUGCGUGAGGAGAGUGGUGCACGCAUUAAUAUCUCUGAAGGAAAUUGUCCGGAGAGAAUUGUAACCAUCACAGGUCCAACUGAUGCGAUAUUCAAGGCAUUUGCAAUGAUCGCUUUUAAAUUUGAGGAGGACAUCGAUAACUCAAUGUCGAAUAGUACAGCCACCAGUAAACCACCUGUAACCCUGCGGCUUGUGGUGCCAGCCAGUCAGUGCGGAUCACUGAUUGGCAAAGGAGGUUCCAAGAUCAAAGAAAUUCGUGAGUCAACAGGGGCUCAAGUCCAGGUGGCAGGGGAUAUGCUGCCCAAUUCCACUGAGCGUGCUGUGACAAUCUCUGGGAUGCCAGAUGCUAUCAUCCAGUGUGUGAAGCAAAUAUGUGUGGUGAUGCUGGAGGUAGAGUAUAAGUCCCCACCGAAAGGUGCCACCAUCCCCUACCGCCCAAAGCCCGCCUCUGCCCCCGUCAUUUUUGCAGGUGGCCAGGUAAGAGCAGAUCCCCUCUCGGCCUCCGCAGCCAACCUCAGCCUCUUACUGCAGCACCAGCCACUGCCUGCCUAUACAAUUCAGGGACAGUAUGCCAUUCCACACCCAGAUGAUGCAUGCCUCCUGUCGGCUGAGUAUAAAGCAACACUGGCGUCGACGUUGUGGAGAAGUCCGCAGCUUACUCAGCCGUCCUCCCAGCUGACGGAACCUGCGUGGAGACCUGAGUCCUUGAGAGGAAAAAUGGAAUUAAAAAACUGUAAUGAAGAAUCAGGAACCUGGGGUUUGGAUGCCAAUCCCCCGGCCAGUACUCAUGAGCUCACCAUUCCCAAUGAUGUAAGUUAUUUCCUUUGGGUAAUUCCUGAUUAUAGAGCUAUCGUCUUGAUUCUGGUGUCCAAAAUCAUGACUUAUUCCUAUUUCUUCCCUUUCAAAAUGUAUUAUCCCAAACCACUUCAGUCUGUUAGGGGCCCAUGGAAGAGUUUCUGCAAACUCAGAAACUACUUUCUAAGGAACUUGGAGAAAGCGCUGUAAUAAAUUAUAUUAAUU